CCGUCAGCCGUCAGACGCGGCGCGACUCCCGCCGUGGCCGGUCGUGCCGAGUGUGUGCUCUGUGUAUGUGUUCGUGCGUGUUACACUCGAUGUCCGUACUCUCGACACAUCUCGUAUCGAACAGUGACAUGUGACCAGUUACCUGUGUUACAAUGGAGAAGCCGUCUUACAAGCUGGUGGGUGCUCCGUGUGGACAUCACGGACAGUACACCUUCUACAAGGCGAUCCGUCUGACGGGACCCCGGGACAGGAUCGUCGCUAUCGGGGACUUCUUCUUCGUCAGGAUCUGGCAGGACUCGGAACUGGUCUCCAUAGGCGAGCUCCAGUUGUUGUGGACGGACCGCGUGUCGGACCAGACCCUGGUGUCUCUGAGGCUGUACUUCCUCCCGGAGAACACGCCCGACGGAAGAAACACACAUGGGGAGGACGAGGUGCUCGCUAUCAAUGAUAAGGUGGUCUUGAGGGCGGAGGAGCUCCUCAGCUGGGUGUGCAGCGGCGCGGGCUGGCGGUGGGGGCUGCGGGCCGUGUGGCGAGGGGCCUGCGCGCCGCCCGCGGAGCCCCGGCACUCCGCCCCCCUGCACCACACCAAGCUGGACUUCAGCGACGUCGAGAGAGAGAAGAGCUCCAUCACGGUGGACGUGGACGAGCCUGGCGUGGUGGUGUUCUCGUACCCCCGGUACUGCCGGUACCGGGCCCUGGUCGCUCGCCUGGAGGGCAUCCAGGCCGCCUGGCUCAGAGACUCGCUGGUGGCUGCGCUGGGCGGAUACGCCGCGCCCACCAGGAACACUAGGAUACUGUACUGUAAGGACACAUUCGAGUACCCGGAACUGGAAGGUCAUGAGUUCGUCUGUAACCACCUAGCUCCUAAACUGAAAGGUCGUCCGCGGGGUCGGCGGAGAAGGGCGGCGCGGUCGCGCGACCGGUCGCCCGACCAAUCGCCCGACUCGCGCUCCAGUGACAGUGACGCUGUCGAGACCCGGACACCUCGGAGGAUAUCACUCCGAAACGGUCCAGAGAAGAUCAGCGAAGACGAGGACUCGGAGAAGGACCAGCAGUUCAUGAAACAACUGAAGGAGUUCCUCAAGGAGAAGAAUGAAACUGUGAAAGUCCCACACAGCUAUAAAAAUGUAUCUCUCCGGUCGCUGUACUCCUGGGUGUGGUCAUCCGGGGGGUUCGCGGCGGCGUGUCGCGCGGGCGCGUGGCGGGAAAGAUACCGGGAAAACGCGCCCGCACUACGACGGAUAUACGAGAGAUAUCUCCUCCAAUACGAAAACCACGAGCGGUGGAACGGCAGGAAGUAUCCGAAGAUGAACGGCAUCAUAGACGGAGCUAAGACCAUAGACACCAUCGACGUCACGGACUCCCCGGCGAGGGACACGCCCGGGCACACGGAGCUGCCCGCCAAGACGCUCCGCACACCCUCGCCCAGACCAGAGAACCUGGUGUUGGACAACGAAACUGGAGAGAUCACUAAAGAACUGAACAUUACGUCCAAACCCGCCGAGGAGCUGAACAGGGAGUUCCUGGACUCGCUGCCCAAAGAAGAGAAACCGGCCAAGAUCUUCGUCAAGCCCGUGGAGAAGCUGAUAGAGCCUGGACUGCAGAACAAGAUGGGCCUGGACAACGACGGCGUGGGGUCCGCGUUCUUUAACGAGCUGGCGCAGAAGUUAAACUUGGGUAACUCCGACACCCGCUUCCUGCAACAGCUGUCGGCGCCGGACAGCCUCACGAGCCUGUCCUCGCUAGGAGAUAAAUACACGAACGGGCACACCAACAGCGACCAGAAACCGCGCAGUUCCCUCCGCGCUGUUCGCGUGAAGACCACCCGAGCACCCCCCACCGCCCCCACCACCCCCAACCCCGUGCCCGCGGAGAGCUCGUCCCCGCCCUCCAUCACCAGCGUCGUCAACAACUUCGGGAUCCACCAUCCGCCCACGCCGACCGCCAACGACGACGACAUCGUAGAGGUGCCCUACAAGCCCAAGAGUCCGGAGAUCAUAGACCUGGACGAGUACCCGGAGAGUCCCCAGGCCAUCAAGAACAAGAAGCUGGACAUCCUCAAGGAGCGCGGCCUGGAGGUGACGGCCGUGCCCCCGGGGCCCGCCUGGCCGCCCGCGCCGCUGCUCCUCAACCCCGUGCAGCAGAUCAUGGGCCAGGCGUCGCUGUUCCAGAUGUACAACAUCAUCCCCAGCUACCCCAACGGCGCGCCCGCGCCGAAGGUCAUCCAGGCGUCCUCGGCGUUCGGCUCGUGCGGGCCGGAGAAGACGGUGUACGGCAACCCCAAGGACCCCUUCAUGCCGCCGCCGCACGUGCUGCAGGGCACGCCCGUCAAGCCGCAGCGCAGCGUGGCGCCCGCGCCCGCCGCGCCGCUGGACGUGCUGGACCUCACCUGCAAGACGCGGCCCGGACACAAGCCGGCCGUGGAGAUCGUGCGCCUGCCGCCCGCCCCCCGCCCGCAGAGCCUCGCCAGCAGCUACUCGCUGGUGGACGGCAAGGCGGUCGUGGGCUCCAACCUGGAGAUCACGCUCGUCAACAAGUCGCACACGCCGCCCCGGAGGCCGCAGAAGAGGUCCUCCAACGGCAAGUUCGUGUCGUCGAAGACUCCGCCGCAGGAGUCGCCGCCCAAGAAGCCGUCGCCGGCGCGGCCCGAGCCGCCGGUGGAGCCCUACAGCCUGUUCCUGCGGGGCGCGCCGGGCCUGGACCCGCGCCAGCUGGCGCUGUACCGCGACCUCGUGGCCGGCCAGCUGCGCUACCCGGGCCUGCUCAGCACGCCCACCACCAAGAACUAACUCCGCAACCUUCGUUACUAGGAUUAACUCAUUGUAAAUAGUCAAGUUGUCGCAGUUGUUGUACAAAUAAAUGAUACGAAACAGUUUUA